GGAUAGAAGGGCGAUAAAAGAAUAGCCGAUAAGAGCUCCACCCAGUCACAGAAAACAUGUAAUUCUCGAAGUAGCGAAAAAAUAUAGUUAACAUUUUUUUAUUUUUCACUCGCAACUCAUCCACCGCACUUCCACCCUCGUCACCAAAAAAUAGUCGCCUCAAGAUGGACCAUAACGAGAUCUCCAUGACCAUGGAUGUCAAGUUGGAUACACACGACAAGCGUCCAGUGGCAUUACGCUACAAGACGUGGACUCGGUGCCAGGUGAAAAUCGAGGCCAUCAAGUGUGUGCCCUGCUUUCUGCGGCUCAGUUUUCAAGCUCAAGAGACGGAGUCCCACGACUUACAUCCCGCCAAACCCAUUAUUGUCUCCGUUAACGUUCCGGGUGUCAGCCUGAGUUUAGCCACCUCGCGCACAAAGCAGCACUCCUACGGGCUGUUCUGGACGCAGAACCGACGCGACUGUUUCAUAUACUUCGCUCUGGAGACGGAGAUCUCCUGUCGACGGCAUAUGAAGUGGAUGCGAAAAUCGAUAAAGAACUUGGAGCUCUACCGGCAGGUAUUCCUUGAGCAGCGUCGUCUAAGCAGGGGCCCUGGGGCUCUGGGCCCGCUGCCCAAUUUGCCAGAAACGUCAGACGCAGGCCCUCUAUCGCCGCGCGUUUCCCAGAUCUACGAAGAGAUUUUCGACGGCAGCCGCAUUUCCCGUGUGUCCAUCGCCUCGGGAAUCUACGAGGAGAUGAAGCCAUCGGUUAUGGAGACACCCUCGCCGCCGCCACUUCCCAUACAUCCUCACCGCCAGCGUAUCAAUACCUUUGAAUGCGCCCAACUGGGUGACAUUCCACGUUCCAGCACCAAUCCCGAGUCGGAGUUAGCCAAGAAAAAGAAGUACAAAAACAUGUUGGACAACCUGUUUGGUGGAGCCCGUCAAAAGCGUUCUGGUAGCACCAGCGAGCUCGUUCACGAACCAAAUGAGGAAGUAUUACCGCUCUACGAGAAUGCUCCGACUCCAGAGCCAGUGCUUCCGGUAAAGCGUACAUCCCAGUUGAGCAAGUCCCAACGCAACAGCUUCUCAAGUCCGGACCUCUCCAAACUAAAUUUUCUAGAUGCUUUUGGUGAAUAUUUCGGAGCACAGAACCACGAAUCGAGUCUGGAGCUGAACAUAAGUUUGGAUGAGUCGGUCAUUGAACCGAUCUCCCGAAAUCAGAUUGUGGCCCAGAUAACUAGCCAACUCAGCAAGGCCGACUCUUUGGAGAGCCUGAACGUUUCCGAGCAACUGCCGUACAAUUUCAACUUUUCCGCUUGUAACACGUCCACUAUCAAUCUCAUCGGAUCGCAUGGAGCUGUUCCGCAGAGCAAUCUGAUAAAGAAAAACAAGAUAUUGGAGGACGAUCUAACGGGAUAUUGUGUAAUGGCGCCCAUUUUAAAGGCGGUGGUGAAGGAGCUGCCACCACAGCCAGGCGGCAGCACGGUUUCCACUUCGUCUGGCUAUUCUACGGGCUCAUACUGCUCCUCCACCAGUAGCUGCAACACGGAGGACCAGCCCACCAAAACCCAAAUGGCCAACGAGAGUGACAUUUACGAAGCAAUGCACGGAAGCUCUUUAAACAGUACCGUCGGAGCGGCUGCAGCUGGAUUUGCGGAACAUCUCUAUGAGAAUUUGUUAGCUAUCAAGGCCGCACAGGAGCUAGAGGCGCAACCACUUGGUUUUGGACUUAGCACCAGUACACCCACCGAAUCUCCCUUAGCGCCAGCUUUGCCCCAAAAGGGAACACCCAAGGAGAAAACUUGUCAGCAGAAGCCUGAUGAGGAGAACUACUACCAGACACCAAGAAAGUCGAUCAUUAGUGUGGACGACAAGAUACCCUCCUACUAUCCCAACAGCUGCGACACCCUCAAGUCAAAGCGACGCAGUCCCACCGAACAUGGACCCAGUCUCAAACACUUGGUUAGCUCUAAGCUGCGAAGGGAGCGAAAAGAAAACCUAUACAUUUCAUCGCCCCAGCAAAUCAUUGAACAGCGUCACAAAGCGUCCUCAAUCUCAUCAUCAUCAACCAAAACAAAAAUCUCAACAAAAAAGACUGCCGCUCACAAAAUCUCGGAUAGCGUUUAUGCCGUCACCCAUCCUGUCAAGCGCCCAAAUAGCACUAAUAGUAACAACAUCCACCAAAAUAAUAACAACAAUAACAAUGAAGGAGUGGAUGACGAACUACUACACUUAACCAUGCUAAAGAACAUCGACUUUAAGUUUGACGACGGCCAAGUAACCGAGAAUUCUGGUCAAGCAAAGGCGACGGCUCUUGUAGCAUCAAACGGAUGUUCAGUGUCACCAAAAUUGGAAAAGGAGUGCGAGGAUCGCUAUCAGGCUGCGGAGCAAGCCGCUCGUCUAUUGCAAAAGUACGCCACACUGGCUAAAUUUGGACAAUCCCCGAGCAAGACUAAGCCAGCCGCAUCUCAUCCAGAGCCAAUGAUCCAAUCCGUGGCCACGUCUAAUGAGUUGCAGCCCUCUGGAGGAAGCAUGAGGAAAUUUGCCUCGCUGCCACGCUUCAAGAAAAUUGACUUUUCACCACUGAAGAUGAGGCUUAACAAUGUCCUGCAGAGAAAUCCUUCGUCGCCCCAACAGUAGCGGGCAUUUCCACAAAUUAUGUAUCAAUGUUAAACACUUCACUGUGGAAACAUGCUGCUUUUUAUGAAUUUCGCUUUUUAUGUUGUAGGUUCUUGUGAAUGUGAUCUGCCCAUCUUUCUUGUGUUAAUUGGACAAGUUGAUGUCAUCAGCUUAUUAUUAUGUUAUCCGAGUAUGUAAUACGCUUCCCCACGAUGCACUUAGUAUUAAGCCUUAUAGGUUGAUCUUGCUUUGUCAAAGGUAUAAAAACGAAUCAUAUCUGGCUCCAUUUGAGGGGCCUCUCUAGUAUUACUGUUGUGAACUAACGAUGAAUGUCUACAAUUUAUACAUAUGAAUAUGCUCAAUUAUGGAAAUUUACACAAAACGCUUUUAUACAAAUUAAAUUUAACCCAUAUUGUUGACUCAUUUAGGCGCCUGAUUGUUGAAAAGAAACUAAAUUUAGCUAAACAAGUUUUUAUUCUAUAUAUUACGAUCAUAAUAAACCAGGAGGAUCUUGCGCUGCUUCUGAUAUUUCAGCACGGUGCAAGAUUGACACUACGCUUUUUGGCUUUGCAUAACAUAUCAAAAAUUAGUUAAUCCUACCAUAAAAUGCUUCUAGAUAGCAUAACCAAAGCUCAACUGUACCGUGACUAAAACUUAAGCUUAAAAAUAAAUGAUUGCAGCAACUGAAAUAAAUUUUACAACCAUCAGAAA